UUCUCUUAUAAUUUUAUUAACGAUAUUAAUAAUUUUAUUUUUAUUUUAUCGUUUCAAAAUGUCAUUGCAAAUGUGCGCGAUGGAAUGGGAGGAGUUCGUGUGUUUAUAUCAAAAAAAUGUGUUCGUGUUGUUAAAUAAAAAGACAAAAAUUGCGAAGUACAAGGAGCGUUUUGAUCGCGAAGUAAAUGAAAAUUUUGAUCGCUAUAAAAAAUUCAUCCAUAACUUUUUCUUCAUCAUUUUGUGACAAGAGAUAUACACAUCGUACAAAACAUCAUUGAAGACUUAAACUAAGUAUAUUUUUAUUUCAAACAUUUCUUCAAUAAUUUCGUUUAUAUAUAUAUUUUUUCUUUUUUUUUUUCCAAAACUGCAAUUUUUUUUCGCUGUAAUGGUGCGCAAAGCAAUGAUGAAAUCGAGUAUGAAUUAGUAUCGCAAAAAAAAUAAAUAAAAAAAAAAAAAAAUAAUAAAAAAAAACAUAAAAAAAAAAUUAAAAAAUGACGAAAUAGAAGCAGUGCUUCGCGAUUGAAAGAACAAGUGUAUAUUUGAAUCGAGUACGUGCAAUAUUGUCGUUAGAGUCAAUGUUUGUUCGCAAAGUUUUUUCUUGCUUUUUUUUUUAACAAUCACGCAGAUUAUAUUUAUAAAAGACAAUAAAGUUUCGCGAAGUAAAUUCAUCGAUCGUUCGUUAAUAAAUAAUUAAAGUCAAUGCAUCAUUGAAGAGAAGAAUCUCGAUCAAUUUUGAUCUAUCUCUGAUUUUCAAUCAUCUACGAAUCCCUUUUACCUCCAAUUUACCCUCAAUUUCGACCUAAAUCGUGAACGUGCGUUUUGGAGCCAUCGCAGAAUAUCUUAAGUAUUAUUAAAUAUUCGAUAUUUUUUAAGUGCUACACGAUAGAAAUCAUGAAUAAUCCCGAUAUAAGUCAAUUAUCAGAUAUAUCUACCAUAUCACGAAUUUCGUUAAGUUCGCGAUUAAUGGGUAAAUUAGAUUCAAUUUUACUUUCUAACGAGCUCGAGGAUCAUUUCAGUUUCAUUGAAAAUAGUAAAUGUACAACAAGUACAGAUCAAGAUAUUAAUGAUCUUAAGGAUAUUACGAAAUUAUUUAUUACAUGUCAGAAUAGUAUCAGUGAUUAUGCAAAGGCAAAAUUGAUUUUCGAAUGUAUAAAAGAAUUAUGUUCGAAUAAAAAUUCUACACUUUCUGAAGAAAUUAUAGAGAAAUUAAAAGAAUUAUUAGAAUCAUAUGAAAUAAAUAAGAUAAAAAAUCUUUCAAUAACUUUUAAACACACAUUACAAGAUUUAACUAUACUUGGCAUACAAGAUUUUCCUGAUCUUAAACUGAGUUAUGAGGAAAAAUUAAAUAUAAAAGCUUCUGUAGAAGCACUAAUGCAUGAAAAAAUACAUAAUUAUAUGAUAAAAUAUGAGGAAUUGGGUGGUAAUUUAAAAGAGCUUCAAAGAUUAAAUGGAUUUAAUGCUAAUAAUUAUUUACAAGAAAACACAGAUUUUGAAAUAUUGAAGUGGAUAGAUAAGUUUGAGGACAUUUGUGGAGAAUAUAAAAAUUAUGUAUCACAAUAUAUGGAUAUGAUGAAUGAAUGGAGGAAAUUAAAAGAUACAGAUAUAAAUGAAGUGUAUAAUAAAAAAGCACAGAUCUUGUUAUUAAAAUCGGAAGUAAUUGAAGUACAAACUAAUGUAGCUAAAAUAAGUUGCUUAACCAAAAUGUAUACAGAGACACCAAAAACAAUCGAUUCGUAUAGAAUAUUAAAUAAAAUUUUAGACGAUAAAUUGUUAGAAAUAAGUAAAGAAAUUAAAGGAAAGAAAUCUUUGGAAAAGCUUUAUCGUGAUUUAGAAAAUACAGAAUAUGAUAAUAUUUUAGAGACAUACUUACACCUCUGUAGUGCUAUUAAAAAGAAAAAACAGAUUAUGGAAAUGCUUUGAAAAAAUAUAUGUAUAUUUUUUUUUAUACUUGUUU